AUGACGACGACGACGCAAAAGGGCUUCUUCUUCCUGCGCCGCUCCCUUUUCGUCGUCCUCGUUCUCUUCUCCUUCUCUUCUUCUUUGUCUUCUUCUUUUUACGUCGUCGUGUUUGCGUUUGAGGAUGAGGUUGAAGAGAAAACGACGACAAAAACUUCUUUGUCUUCUUUCAAACUGUCGUCGUCGUCUGAAGUCUCAUCGUCGUUAGACGGCAUUCCGGUGUCGAACACCAUAAGUGUGGAUCCAACGCGCGUUUCGCAAAUAAGUUGGCAACCGAACGCGGUCAAGUACGAGAAGUUUUUGAGCAACUCGGAGUGCGAUUAUUUGAUCGAAAAAACGUUUUCCUUGUCUUCUUCUUCUUCGUCUUCUUCCGUCAAUCUCGUCGUCGAACGAGAAGGAGAUUCGGUCGUGAAAGAUAUCGAACGAAGACUAGCGGAAUGGACGCACACGCCGUCGUCGCACGGGGAAAAGUUACGAGUAUAUAAACACGAUUUAAGAACGAGAGAGACGAGUUUGAGACCGUUGUAUUCAAAAGUAUACGCGCCGUUCGAGCGCGAGAAAAACGUCGGACGAAUCAACGACAUGCACUUAGGCACGGUGGUUUUAGUUUUGAAAGACGAGAGCAGGAAAGAAGGCGAAGAAGAGUUUAGCUCGAACGGGGUGAUUAUGUUUCCAAACGGUAACAGUGGUCACAGAGGGGGCGAUAGCGGGAAGGAAUACGAACAAGGGAGGAGGACGGCGACGACGUGCGAAGAUAUGGACGCGAGUUUGUUUUUGAAAGCGAAAAGAGGAGACGCAAUCCUGUGGUUACACACGACCAGAGAUCAAAAAGACGACGGGAACGCGACUGGCGUCGGCGAAUGCGUGUAUGCAGGAGGGAAGGUUGGAGAGAAGUGGACCGCGGUGAAGUAUUUACACUUGGUGACGACCCAAAAAUAG